UGUCCCGUUCCGGCACUGUGGCUCCAUUUUUUUCCCAAUAAAUGCCAAGCUUGGUUGUGUGAAAUCUUCUAUCUUUCAGGCAGGCCAGACCCGCUCUAGGAGCUUCAGCAAUAACACUCGCAACUCGAGGCAAGAUCCGAAUUUGUAAGUUUUUCGUUGCUGCUGUUUGUUGUUCAGGCUGUUUGCUUGAACCGGGGAUAUUUGUUGUGAUUGGCUCCUAAUCAAAAGAGGCGCGGAUUUCGUAGCGAUCAGGAGGAAGAUCAUUCGCAUUGUGAUAAUUUCCUGGCAAACAGUUUGUCUGCAAAAUGGCUUCUGCUACAGCUUCAAACUUUGCAGCAUGUCCAGCUCACAUUCGUUAUACUGCUGAAAGUCAAUCUUCUGGAGCUGCAUUCUUUUCUAGGAAUAGACAAAGUGGCACUAAUGUUUCUUUACAAGGUCAAGGUGCAUCCUACCAGGGCCUGUGGUCUGCACGGAGCAGAAACUUUGGACAGCUUCAGGGGCAUGCAGGAGCAAAUUUUAAGAAAGUAGUGAGAAAAGCACUUAGUCAUGGUAAUUAUUUUCAUAAAGGUCCAAAGGGAGUUAUCAUUUGUGGCACUGGAAUGAAUCUAGUUUUUAUAUCAUCUGAAGUGGCUCCUUGGAGCAAGACUGGAGGUCUUGGUGAUGUUCUAGGAGGAUUGCCCCCUGCCAUGGCGGCACGUGGCCACCGAGUUAUGACAGUGUCUCCACGAUAUGAUCAGUACAAGGACUCAUGGGAUACUAACGUAUCGAUUGAUUUGAAAGUAGGUGACAAAAUUGAAAGUGUCCGAUUCUUCCAUAGCUUCAAGAGGGGAGUUGAUCGUGUCUUUAUAGAUCACCCAUUGUUCCUUGAAAAGGUUUGGGGAAAAACUGCUGGCAAGAUUUAUGGUCCAGAAACAGGAGAGGACUACCAAGACAACCAACUUCGUUUUAGCCUCUUAUGUCAGGCAGCUAUUGAAGCUCCAAGGGUUCUCAAUUUAUCAAGUAAUGAGUAUUUCAGUGGACCUUAUGGGGAGGAUGUUGUGUUCAUAGCCAAUGACUGGCAUACAGCUUUGCUUCCUUGCUACUUGAAAAGUAUCUACAAACCUGCUGGUUCUUUCAAAAAUGCCAAGGUUGUAUUUUGCAUACACAACAUAGCUUAUCAAGGAAGAUUUGCUGCUUCAGAGUUCUCACUUCUUAAUCUUCCUGAAGAGUUGAAGAGCUCGUUUGAUUUCAUGGAUGGAUACAAUAAGCCAGUAAAAGGAAGAAAAAUUAAUUGGAUGAAAGCAGGAAUACUGGAAUCUGAUAGAGUUCUUACUGUGAGCCCUUAUUAUGCAAAGGAGCUUAUUUCUGGAGAAGAUAGGGGAGUAGAGUUGGAUAAUACCAUUCGCAAGGCUGGCAUUACAGGAAUUGUGAAUGGAAUGGAUAUCCAAGAGUGGGAUCCUUCAAAAGACAAAUAUCUUGAAAUUAAUUAUGAUGCCACAACUGUCCUAGAUGCAAAACCUCGCCUGAAGGAGGCAUUGCAGGCUGAAGUUGGACUUCCUGUAGAUCCAGAUGUUCCUGUCAUAGGUUUUAUCGGCAGAUUGGAAGAGCAAAAAGGGUCUGAUAUUCUAACACAGGCUGUUUCUCAAUUUGCUGAUGAAAAUGUGCAGAUCAUAGUGCUUGGCACAGGGAAAAAGUACCUGGAGAAGCAGCUGGAGAAGAUAGAAGAGAAAUAUCCAGAGAAUUUCAGAGGAGUUGCAAAAUUUAAUGUGCCACUUGCUCAUAUGAUAACAGGUGGAGCAGAUUUCAUGAUUAUUCCUAGCAGGUUUGAGCCAUGUGGUCUUAUCCAACUACAUGCAAUGCGAUAUGGAACGGUACCUAUAGUUGCCUCAACAGGUGGAUUAGUGGAUACUGUGAAAGAAGGAAUAACAGGCUUUCAAAUGGGUGCUUUCAAUGUUGAAUGUGAAGAAGUUGACCCUGCGGAUGUGGCUGCCAUUGCUAAAGCAGUAAAGAGAGCUAUUAAGGUGUAUGGAACACCUGCCUUUGCAACCAUGGUGCAGAACUGCAUGGACCAAGAUUUUUCAUGGAAGGGUCCAGCGCGGCAGUGGGAGCAUGUUUUGCUGAGUUUGAAAGUUGCAGGUAGUGAAGCUGGUGAAGAGGGCGAUGAAAUUGCUCCUAUGGCAUUAACAAAUGUAGCCACUCCUUGAGAAGUUCUUCCUAGAUGUCUCGCACAUAAAAUUGUGUUAAGAUUUGUAAGAUUACCUCAUGAGCGACAAUAGAAAUAAAUUUGCGUAACUGCAUUUUCUGGUGCCCCGCUGGGUUGAAAAUAGUACUGAUACUUUUAGAAUAAUUUACCGUAAUACACCAAUCUUGGGUGUGGCCAUGGCCAGAUCUGCUUGGAAUUUAAGUGGCAGGACCAAGUAAACUUAGCCAAAUAGUUUGUGGCUUUUCAUGUUUUGUAGAGUCGAAAAAAUGCCUGUCAUAUAUUAUGCGUACGCGAUAAUGAGACUUUAUCUUACAGAUAUACUGAAAAUCAAUUCUAGAAUCUUUAGAUUUAACAGA